AUGUCAGCUGAGAUAAACCAGCACCGUCGGAAUUCGUUGCUAAAAAUAGCAUAUAUUAGCUUAAAUGGAUACGAGGUCCCUAGCGACCUGAAGAGCCAGUGUAUACAAGAAUGUCUAAAGCUAAUUGAGAUUCAAUGUGAUGACCAUGUUCCUUGGUAUUUAUUUAAAUCAGUGUUAGCUGAGAAUUUACAAACAGGAGAUAUUGUACAACUGUGGUGCCUAGCCAAAAAGAACAAUUAUGGGUACAGAGAAAUUGCUGAACUUUGCUUGGUUAAUGAUCGGAUUUUCAAGUUGAUAAAAUUAGAUGAUGUUCCCAAUCAUCAUGGGGUUGAUUAUUAUUCCCUACUAAAGAUUGCAUUGAGGAAUGAAGCUCUAGAUAAAAAUAUUUUGCUUGGUCUUGGUAAAAGCCUAUCACAGACCAGUGUUUCACAUGGUAAUGAAAUUAUUGCGCUAUGUUCGUUACUUAAAGAAUGGGCCGACUUUGACUGGUGUAGUGUUAAAGGAUUGGAAGGUAUAUUUAUCAACAAGUUGUCUGAAGUAUUGGAAUUUAUGGAUACGAUAAAAGUAGAAAUUGAGCAGAGCGAACCGAUGGACUUUCAUUGGAUCAAAGAAUACGGAUAUUUAAUUGUUAAUUUGAUCGAACUACUGUCAAAGAUUACAUGUGUGGAUGAUAAUACCACUGGUAACCUAGGUAUCUUAACAGGGAAACUGUUGAAAGAUGUGGUUGAGCUGAGAAAUGUGACAUUAGCAAAUGAUGCGCAUGCAAAUGAUUAUCAAUUGAUUCUCGCAUCAAUCGUUACCUCGUGCGUUAAAUUGUACAUGCAUAAAAAGGGAAAAAUCAAUGGAGGGGGGACAGACAUACUCUUAAAUGCAUUACUUGAUCUCUUAGAAACGAGUACCGAUAUAAACAUCAAAAUAGUGUUUACUGAGCUGAUACAAACAAUUAUCAGGAAUUCUGAAAGUUUAGACGACUCAAAGAAAUCCAUAUUGCAGAGAUAUCCAUUAUGGAAAAAGCUUAUCAAAAGUAAGGAGGCCAAAGUUAGUGAGUCUACCAAGGACAUUCUUAAGCUAACAAUGGAUCGUAAAGCUAGGUCAUCAUAUCAACCCACUUUUUCACAAUUAAGAGAUGUGGUCAUUAUAUUCAUCUACCACCUACAAAACUGCGAUACUGAGUCCAAGGGGCACACUUUAUCAGAUAUAUUGUCUGUUUUGGAGGACUAUAAAGAUACAGGAAUUGUUGAAGAAGCAGCACGGAAAAUACUGAAAAUAUUCAUGACUAUUGGAAAUACCUGUGAUGGAGCAUGGGAGAGAAUCUACGACCUAAUAAUUCACUCGUCCAAGAAAAUCACUGUGAUUGAUCAGAUCCUUGAAUUUCUAACAAAAGGUUUACAAUUCGGAUGUUGUGAAGAUUUCAUUAAAUUGUCGGCUGUAGUUUUCGAGUUCAAUGGUAGGAAAUGGAGACAUGGCAAAAUUGCUACUCAACAAUACUGGUUAUUACAGAAAUACACGUUAUCCACUGUUGCUACAAAACUAUUGAUUUUAGACGCAAUGUGUGGAUUCUAUAAUAUCAAAGAAACCAGGAAUGUAAGCUUACAAUUGUUUGAUGAUGAAGUCAACAGUGAUAACAUUGAGAUUCGGCAAAAGGUUAAUGAUUACAAAUCCUUGAUUAACUGUGGGCUGCUAGAUCGAACCAAUGAGAUUGAGGACUUCAACGUCAAUGGUGUUAUCUCAUUACCCAUUUUCCCGACUAGCACUGAUGUUGAAACUGAGUUUGAAAACCUUAGUGUGAAGGAUGACAACAGCGGUGGCAGCGAGAACUUAUUUGAUGAAGGAUAUAACCGUACCCUUAAAUUUAACCAAGGUGUUUUGUUUGACGAUGGGAAUUUCAAGGUUACAUUUCGAAUCAAACCGGGUGAUUCCACACACGUAGAGAUCCAGUAUAAGUUCAAACCCGGAAUUAAACUUCCUGAUAAGUUGGAGUGUAGUGUCAUCUCAAAAACUGAGGCAUAUAAUAUCCACGUUGUGGAGAACGACGGAUUGGAUAAGAACAUGAAUGGAAAAGUGAUAUUUGAACUCACUAUCAAGGAACCAUACUCUGAAAAAUCCGAGCCAUGCGUUAAAUUUACAGUUGGACAGCUUUCGUCCAUCAGUUUACACAUGUCCAUGUUGUUCAAAGCACUGCAAAAGGGCAAAGUUGAUCCAAGUGAGCUGUCAGUGGGGGUGAAAUUCCCACUUCCCAAUGGAGAGCCGAAAACUUCACUUGAACGACAUCUUAGUAAAUUGAACUUUUCCGGAUUCUUCAACUACCCUAAUCUAGAUAUCUGUGCAGUAUUCUGCUUCAAUAAUGGGAACACCGUUCCCAUUUCUGUGAAAACAGUUCAAGGAUUUGUUUAUGUUUCUUCCACUAGUAGAAAUGUUGCCCAAGCUGUUGGUAUUCGUUUAAAGAGACUGUUUUCUCAGUAG